UGGCGCAGCUGGCCCCGCGAUAAACAUUGAUGUCAGCUAGCGGUGUGUUUUGUGUAUUUCUUCCAACUUUUCCGAACGAAAGCAGAAACAGACUAUAAUAUUAGUUUGCAGCGAAGAUGAGUCGACGCGUGCAUUCUUCAUUUUGAGCGCGGGAAUGAACGCGGUUUUUCGGCCUUUGGUGCAGCGGCACCGCGGCCGAUUGCAUCAGCCUUCGUGUCGACCUUUUGUCACCAAGGUCUCUUCCAUCUUCAAGCCUUCGACGUUGCUGAAGGAGACGGUGGCCAGGUCGUCCAAGGACGUUCACUCCGUCAGCCAACAACUUUUGCUGGAGCUCGGGUUCAUCCGGCCGUCGGCGCCCGGCACCUUCUGCGUUUUGCCGCUCGCCCAGAGGUCCCUCCAGAAGAUCGUCAACAUAAUCGACACCGAACUGAGCAAAAUCGGGUGCCAAAAGUUAUCACUGCCCGCAUUAGCGCCGGCCGGGCUUUGGGAAAAGAGCGGUCGGCUGAAGACGAUGGAGGCCGAGCUGUUCAAGGUGAGGGACCGGCACGGCCAGCGCUACGUGCUCAGCCCUACCCACGAGGAGGUGGUGGCCGACCUGCUCGCGUCCACCGGACACAUUUCGCACCGGCAGCUGCCCCUCAAGCUGUACCAAGUGUCCACCAAGUUCCGCGACGAGAUGAAGCCGCGCUCGGGCCUGCUCAGGGCCAGGGAGUUCCUCAUGAAGGACCUUUACACCUUCGACGCGUCCCUCGACGAGGCGGACAAAAGUUACCAGCUCGUCCGACACGCCUAUCAAGGAAUCUUCGACGCCCUCCAUGUCCCCUACGUCGCAGUGGACGGAGACUCAGGGUCGAUGGGCGGAUUGCGGAGCGAGGAGUUCCACUUUCUGGCCGAGGUUGGCGAGGACCACCUGUCCAUCUGCUCCGGCUGCGGCAGGGGCGUCAACGCGGAGCUCAAAGUCGAAAGCAGGGAGUGUCCCGCCCUCGGAAAAUGCGAAUUUGUGCAAAAAAGAGGAAUUGAGGUUGGCCACUGUUUUGUCCUGGGGACGAGGUACUCGGAACCCCUGAAGGCCGUUUUCACCAACAACGAGGGCAAAAACGAGCCGAUGGUGAUGGGAUGCCACGGCCUGGGUGUGUCUCGAAUCUUGGCCGCGGCCGCAGAGUGCCUCUCGACCCCCGAGGAACUCCGCCUGCCACUCAGCAUUGCGCCCUACAAAGUCUGCAUUAUCCCUCCCAAGGAGGGGAGCAAAGAGGCGGACGCGAGCGAGUUGGCUCAAAAAUUAGGCAAUGCGUUGUCAUCGAUCCAAGGGCUGGAGGGGGAAGUGGUCGAGGACGACCGGACGGCCUUGACCAUCGGCCGGCGGUGCAAGGACGCGUCCCGCCUCGGCUACCCCGUAAUCGUGGUAGCCGGCAGGACGGCCGCCUGCGCCACGCCCACCUUCGAGCUCUUCCUCACCGCAGGCUCGGGUGAGAAAAAGGUCCUCAGCUUCGAGCAGACCGUCGAGCUCAUCAAGGACACCUGUGUUACUUAAUUAAGUAGUAAUUAAGAGUAAAACCAAAGCUGCUUUUAAACAUCAAAGAUACUUUUAUUUGAUGAACGCGAUUUGAAAUUACAGUUAAACAUUUUGCUUUAUUAUUUCCU